AUCCCUGUUAUUGCUACUAUACAUUUUUAAAAUUUUCAAAAUCCAAAGCUGCUGUUCGAAAUCCGGUCAGUAAAACAGGGUCGCUCACUCGAUAACCGUGAGAGCACAGCGAUAACAGGGAUAAUAGCUUAUCGUGGAGGAUCGUGGAAUUAUUAAAUAUUGAAAAAUGUCAUCUCUACUCGAAAGUCAGACGCAAUUUGCCAGAGAAAGUGAUGAGUCUCUUAACGAAGCUGACGAUUUCGCAUUAUCCAGAAAACUGAAAAGCAAAAUUGAAGCAUUUGCGGUGCUCAGUCAAGAAUUAGAUAAAUGCAGAAAGCAGCGUGAUCAAUUCAAACUGAUGGCUGAACAGAUACAGGACAGAUUUUUAAAACUCAAAACAGAAUCCUUGUCUAAGACUGAGACUGCAUCAAAUGGAACAUUUAAAAUUGAUGACGAUUCACGAGCAAUCGAACUCUUGGCAGAAGUCAGAGAGCAAAACAAAUGUCUGCGUCUUCAGGUGAAGACCUUACGACAAAAACUGGGGGACGCGCAAGGGGAUAUUAAAGUAUUAAGAACAACUUCUCACUGCAGCAUUGAUCAGCCAGAGACGCAACUCGCCCCUGCCGUUCAUCAAAGAGAAGAGAUGAUAGAGCAAUUAGAAAAACUUAACAUUAAAUGUGCUCAACUACAGACUGAUCUUCAAACUCUGCUCGACGAAAAGCAUGAAUUAGAAAUAGAACGAGACGCGUUUAAAUGCAAGUCACAUCGCCUGAAUCACGAAUUGUCCAAAGCUCUGAAUGCUACAAAGCCAGUCGAUCUGGAUUCUUUGAUCAACGAGAAUAGGUAUUUGCAAGAGAGAUCGCAACAAUUGCUAGAAGAAAGAGAACUUGCUCAACAAUCUCUUGCCAAAUAUAAGAGCAUGUUGGAUAGUAAAAGAAUAAAAGGAACAAUAAAACUGGGAGGAAAUUCAGCUGCUGGAACUAUCAUGACUCACAAGCAAGUUGAACAAUUACUGCAACAGGGAUCUCAGCUACCCGCUCAAGCUUCGGCAGCAGCCGUGAACGAUCUUCGACGGCUUUGCACAGCCUUACUCGAAGCCUUGAAUGACAAAACGUUGGCUCUGGCUCAUCAGAAGAAAGCAAACAAGAUUUUGGCGCUAAGAAUAUGCGAAUUGGAAAAUACAGUUCAAUCGCCAACAUCAAAAUUGCUCGAAGGAUACGCUGGCUCAGACGUGGAUACAAGAUUAGGAUUCGAGGGCUAUGAUGAAUACAGUGAAUGUACCAAAACGAUGAGUUCAAAGAUAGAAAAAGGUAGAGACGAAGAGCAAGAUUUAGAAAGAAGCAAUAACAUACCAAAAGAUAAGUUAUCAUACACAGAAACUCAUUUUCCGUCUAUAGACAGUCCGAGGGGAAUAGAAUUGCCAAAAAACCUAGAUGCGCUGGUUCAGAAAGCUUUGAUGAAUUUAAAUGGAGACACUAAAACGAAUCUUGGUUCAUGAAAACUAUGGAAAGUUGAUUGAAAUUUUACGGAAAGUUUGAGAUUGUUACAAAACCCAUUCCAUGCCAAUUAUUAUCGAUUCAAUGUUAUACGAAAUUUGGUGCACUGGUUCGGAAUUAGCAUUCAUCUCUUACGUCGUAAAGAGUGGAAUUAACACUUUGACCAUUCCGGGACUAGAGCCAGGAAAAUUAGGUUUAGUUGAGAGAAAUCGGGUGAGACAAACAUUCAUGAACUUUAUUUACCACAUCAUCGAUGAAGCGUUGCAACAUUGCACAUUUCAAAGCUGAUUUGUAUGUUUAUACUUCUUUGCUAGUCUGUUUUUUUUUUUUUUUAAGUACUGUGCUACUUUACCAAAGAUUUAUGAUUAGUUAUAAAAGUGUAAAUGAAACCAAUGUCUUAUCAAGAUAGAAAUAAAAUAGGUGCGUCUUAUUACAACUA